UCUAACGUUCUUGCUAUAUACAUGGUUGCACUGGAAAUAUAAGCCACGUAGUUCAACGAUCUGUACUUAUACUAGGAUCAGGAAUCAAGUCGAAGGACGGACUGACUUUCACCGGGUGAUCGCCAUGUUUAUACCGGGGCUAAGGAGCUUUCCGUACGGCUGCCUGCCGUUGGCGGCCGGUGGUUGCUUGCUGGUUGGUUUAGUGGUUCCGUACAUUAUUGCAGUGCGUUUGGGCCAUGUUUACCCGAUUUUGCCGUUUAUUAGCGAUACAGGCGCACUCCAUCCCGAAAACUGUGUAUUUGGCCAGAUGCUGAACCUGACCAGUUUCUUUCUUGUCUUCAUAGUGUACAUCCGGCAUAAGCAAGUGACCCAGGAGGGACCCACUGAAUUACUGGAAUUCAACAAAGCGUCCACAUUACUGGGCUACACGGCCGCGCUUUUCAUUAGUUUAGUGGGCAAUGUACAGAUCGACGUGAAUUCCCAACAUGCCAUCGAGACGGAAGUUCACCUGUUUAGCGCAUUUAUGGCUUUCGGUGGUGGCUUGCUGUUCAGCUUGACACAGAGCUGGAUAACCUACAAGCUGGCCGACGAUUUCUGGUCUUAUAGCAUGGCUGCUCUUCGCUUCACUUUGACAUUCGCGGGUGUUGUCUUCAGCGUCACUCUUCUUGAAUUUCGAGAACUAGCCAAUGCGGAAUUUAAUGGAACAUACGCCCAAACGCUGCACUGGAACCCACACGACGGGGGCUAUGUGAACCACGUCUACAGCUCGGUAUCUGAAUAUAUGAUGGGCUUCAUAUUAACUGCAUUGGUCCUGUCGUUGUACAAGGAGUUCAGCGCCAUCAAACCACCGACUGGAGACAAGAAUAACCCGGUGGCAAAGGUCGCCGCAAAGGGUGACAUUGAGAUUGCACGUGAUUCUCUGGUGUCUUCUCUAUAGUGGAGUUUUAGUACAUUCUUGGUUUUAUGAUUUUUUUUUCUCCAAAAAUGGAUGGAGCUGUUUCAGCCUCAGGUGUGACACACCUCAGGUGUGUCAGGAUUUUUCCGGAUUAAAUACUGUUUUGGUCAUGAUCUGCCUGAUUUCAGGAUUGUUUUUGUCAGGAUUUUUUCCCCUCCGAUUUCAGGGUUUAAGAAUCCAUUUUGUAAUGUGGAUUUCCUGAGGCUUUAGCGUAAAAGUAUUUUUUACCUGUAUGAUAAGUAUAAAAGAUUAUAGCACAAACGAAAUUUGUAUUAUAAGGUGUGUCUUUGGCCCACAACUUACCAUGGAUCCUACGUUGCAAUGGGGCGGGCCCGCGGGGACCUCAAACGCUUUGCCGGUUAUUUCGUGGAUUUGCAUUUUCCCCAAAUCCUACCCAUGGAAGUGUCAUAGGUUUUACUCAGUAUUACCAACAUUAUUAUGACUACAAUAAUAUUCAGUUCUACAUCAUUUAAGUGUUAUAUGGUUUGUCUUCUUGUGAUGAUGACAUUGUAUAACUAUUGAGUAUACAUAUAUAUUUGACUUUUGUCUUUUGCUUGGAUUUACCAGGUUUGGUCAGUUAUGAUUAAAGCUAUAGUCCAUCAUUUGCAGCCAUCCGAAAAAGUAACUGGCGUAUUAUUGUUGAAAAACAUAC